AUGACCACCAUGGAUCUCCGCGUCGGUAACAAGUACCGCAUCGGUCGCAAGAUUGGAUCCGGCUCCUUCGGUGAUAUCUAUCUCGGAACCAACAUCAUUUCCGGAGAAGAGAUCGCUAUCAAGCUCGAGAGCGUCAAGGCCAAGCACCCCCAGCUCGAGUAUGAGGCUCGUGUAUACAAGUCUCUUGCUGGUGGUGUUGGCAUUCCAUUCGUCCGCUGGUUCGGUACCGAGUGUGACUACAACGCCAUGGUUCUCGACCUCCUCGGUCCCAGUUUGGAGGAUCUUUUCAACUUCUGCAACCGCAAGUUUUCCCUGAAGACGGUCCUUCUGCUGGCCGACCAGCUCAUUUCGCGUAUCGAGUACAUCCACGCCAAGUCUUUCAUCCACCGUGAUAUCAAGCCCGACAACUUUCUGAUGGGUAUCGGCAAGCGCGGCAACCAGGUCAACGUUAUCGAUUUCGGUUUGGCCAAGAAGUACCGGGACCCCAAGACCCACUUCCACAUUCCCUACAGAGAGAACAAGAACUUGACUGGUACCGCCCGUUAUGCGUCCAUCAACACUCAUCUUGGAGUUGAACAAUCUCGCCGUGAUGACAUGGAGUCUUUGGGCUACGUCAUGCUCUACUUCUGCCGCGGAUCUCUGCCCUGGCAGGGCUUGAAGGCUGCUACCAAGAAGCAGAAGUACGACCGUAUUAUGGAGAAGAAGAUGACGACCCCGACCGAGGUCCUCUGCCGUGGCUUCCCCAACGAGUUCGCCAUUUACUUGAACUACACUAGAUCUCUUCGAUUCGACGACAAGCCCGACUACAGCUACCUCCGCAAGAUCUUCCGUGAUCUUUUCGUUCGUGAGGGCUUUCAAUACGACUACGUCUUUGACUGGACUGUCUACAAGUACCAGAAGAAUGCCCAGGCUAUCGCCCAGGCUGCUGGUCAGCAGGCUGGAGGUGACGAGGAUGAGAAGGCUCGUGCCAGCCGCACCAAUGCAGCCACCGCUGGACAGCCUUCUUCUGCUAAGCCCAACGCCAUUCCUACCUCUCGCCGCAAGGUGAUUGAGCGUGGUGCCCCUGGCGUUGACACUCCGGACACCAACCGUGCCGUCGGUGGAAGCGAUAGGAUGUGA